AAAGGGAAACGUCGGAAGUAUACAUGGCGGAUUCCACGAACUCACUCCAUGCUGCUUUUUGAUUGGUUAGUAUACUGAUGAUAUAAAUGCAUUCUUUUGCAGUACUUAGUUAUCUAGCAUUCUUCCAUGUUGGUAAACAUAAACUUUCAUUGACAUGGUGAAACGUUUGCUUUCUUUAGAGCGGCUUUGUCUGUAAAAAUUAAUAAAUGAUACCGGAGACUGGACCACAAAAUGGAGACCGGGUAAAGAGCUUCAAGACUGCUAGUUACUGUUCGCAAGUCUAGCCGGGUAAGUCUAAUCAAUAAUGCCGCAAUAGACGUAAUAAACUCGUAACGUAUCUUUAUUAUGUGCAAUAAUAUAAUUAUGUGCAAUAUAAACUUACAGCCUUUAAUAUUAAAGUUUCAUGCAAUGCUUUUCAAUAAACGCUAUGAAUAACUUCUGAAACCUGUCCAGUCCUGCCCAGGAGAAUUUAUUUCCGCAUCGAAUGAACUUGCCACUUACUGCGCAGCCACGCCGAUUAAAUCAUAAUUUUCGUUUUUGAUAAAUUUUGGCCUUUUUGGUGAAAUUGCGCCGGUGCCACACUUGUUUAUACUUUUGACAGAAAAAUUAAUACUGUUUGUCAUACUUUCUUUCCGUUAGAAUAACGGAAACUUUUAUCACUUGUUUUGGCGGGUGGAUCAUAGUACGUAGUGUACAGAAUAUAUAAUGGUGCAAACUAAUGAUGAAAAAAAAAAUAUAUCUAUAACACAUAUUAUGUUGUUUAUGUGAAGCAAAAAUAGCAUCAGAACUCAGUUACUUUCUAUUCCUUCUGAAAUACUAGUUUCUCACGGAUUCCACCGUAACACCAGGGAUCAGUUAUUCAUCAUUUAAACUCCUUCAAGAUUGAAAUUAAACAUUAAUAGUUAUUAUUACUCAUGAAAAAUUGCAAUAAACUGAACGUCGCAAAAGACUCCUUAGGCGAACAGACUACUUGCUUUAUACUGUGAUGAAGUUGCUAGCCCUAAAGGAAAUUAAAAUUGAUUAUAAUUAUUUGCCAAUUUUGAGUUCUUGACUUGCAUACAAUGGAAUAUAAAUAUGUAGCUAAUGUUAUUGGUUUAAGUUAUUAAUUUCAGAAAGAAACAGUCUGUGGACGACUAAAUUGUCAGCGACUCAGCACUAGCUUAACAAUCAGAUUCUCUCCUUCAGCCGAUUUCAGCACCAAAAAAUCAGUCAGAACCUUUCAGUAUGCCGUGACAAGAGCGAAUUCUUUAGUUUACCGUCCACGUUGUAGCAACUGUUUUUAAGGAGCAAUGGCACAUUUUUAAGGCAGUUCAAAGAAUAUCCUGCUUGACACAUUACAAAAAGCAUUUACAUGAAUUUCAACAUAAGUGAAUUAUGAUACAUCUGUGUUUUUUUUUUCAGCCAGACGGUAGCGAUGGCAACACCAUUACCUCCUGAGGAUUUUCGCCGAUUGAGCGUUAUUCCAACCCGCGAAGACAUCUUUCCACAAGAGAGGCCCUUUCUAAGAGAGAACAAAGUCAUAGGGCGCUACGAUAAUAAAGAACACUACCUAGACGUGCAGUUUCGACUCCUUCGAGAGGACUUCGUCAGGCCACUGCGAGAUGGAAUCCAGCAAUUGGUAGUCAUGGGUGAUCCAAGGAACAACAGGAAACACCAUUUGGAUGAUAUCAGAGUCUACGACAAUGUCAGGAUACUCAGUCCAGUAUUUACGUCGAACGGGAUUGCGUACAAAGUGAGAUUCGAUGUUUCACGGUUCCGUGGAGUCCAGUGGGAGAACAGUAAAAGGCUCAUUUUCGGAUCACUUCUUUGUUUGUCGAAGGACAAAUUUCAGAACUUUGUUUUCGCCACAGUUGCUAAUAGAGAACUAAGGGAUAUUGUCAAGGUAAGGGAAAACAUAUGACUGGAGGAUUAAAUAAUUUUUAAAAAUGAAGCCGACAGGGAACCAUUUUAGGUCUGUGCAAAAUUGCGCUAUAAUACGAUAGGUUAAUGUAACAGUAAAUCUAAAAUAUGCAUUAUAUUUAGAUUAAUGCUUACUGAAUUAAGGUUUGCGGCGUAAUCUAACGUAAUCGAGUCUUUGGAACUACAGUGUGACGCCGUACAUUCUACAGGUUAGAAAAGGCCCCUUGCAGCUAGUCAUUCUUUCAGUGGUACAAAACCGCAAUACGCUGGCUGCAAGGGUACCACUGGGACAAGACAGUUAAUAUCCGCUGUGUGUUUUUUCGUCCCAGUGCAUCUAUUGCUCUAUAGUAAGGCUGUUUUGCAGCACGAAAAUGACGAAGCUGUAAAGGAGCAGGAUCCUUCAUGCAUAGUAUAGUUUAUGGUGAGCAAAAACAGGCAUUUGAAUAUGGAACUGUGUUUUUUCAAAAGAGAAUAAGCUUAGAGGGAAAAGCCCAGUCCAGCCCUUGGGAUUUGUGAAUUUCAACAAAGUUAUUUUUAGACCAAUUGAACUAUUAAAAUUAAUCGGAAGUUGGUUUCCGGAGAGAGCCGCAAAAAUUUAUUCAGUGUUGUCAAGAGUGAAUCAACAGUCGCCAUUACAAUAAUAUUCUUUGUUGUUUGUUUUGAGGCAGUCGCACGUGGACUUGAUGGCGUUUCAAACAAUCGAUAACAAUGUGCGGAUGUCUCAGGAAUUAGACUUCCGUUUAAUUUUAACCUAUAAUAAUAAUGAUAAAUCACUUAUCCCGACCAACGCCCCAAGAUUCUCUCUUAGUGCCAUCUUUCUUCUUGGUAUUUUUAAAUUACCGUUCUUUAUGCUUCAUUAACAAUCUGAGCAGGUAUGAAAGCUACUAACGACAAACAAAGUAGGUGUAGGUGCGACUCGAAGUGGUGUCUAAAAAUUCAGGUUACAAGGUAGGUUGCCUGGAAAUGAUUUUUUUCAGGGUGAGAUAGAAGUGCGUUUUGUGUCUGCGGCGGGUGAAGAGGCGCUGAGGAUAGGAGACGUGUGUCAGAUGGCUGAAUCAAUAGCUUUCUUUGAGGCGUACCGCCCAGUGCUGGAAGGAUUACAAUCAAUGGCGUACGGGAAGUUUCCACUACAGGUUAACUAUCAUCAUUACUAAAAUUCCAAUAAUAAACGGCUUUUUGGCGAGUUGAAAUGGGAUUCGGAUCGACUUAGUGUAGUGUAAUUAUGUUAGUGUAGAAGCAUAUAGUUGUCGAACCGAUUCUGCUUCAUUGUGUUCCUCUUGGCAUGGUCAAACACGAUCUAUCUUAACUACCGUAAAUGAUCUAAUAAACGCCCACUCUCAAAUAUACGCCUCUUAUCUAAUAAACGACCCCCCGCUACGCUAAUAAGUUUGCAUUAAACGCCCCUCUCUAAUAAACGCCCCCCCACCACUGAAAAUUGCUCUUAAAUACUAGGAACUGGCGAAAUAGAGGAAAAUCAAUCAAUUUGUUAAUUUUAUUGUUUGAUCAACAUCGGUUUGUGUAUUAUGUGACGUGCAAUUUUUGCGCACUCGUUAAAACGCCCUAUUGAUUGUAGCCAAAAAUUAAAUUAAAUUGAUUCUGUUAACGCAAAAACGUUUCCGGCCGAAAGCAUACUAUAUACACUUUAUUGAAUUCGUUAAAAUAAGUUGCGACAUCCUGGAUACGAGAAUAAAUACCUCCCAUCUAUUAAACGCCCCCUCUUGGACCCCUAAAAUUAAAUAAACGCCCUGGGCGUUUAUUAGACUGCAUUUACGUACUUAUGCACCUCGCUCAUUUAGCUUUCGCGACUGAAAUAGAAUUGAAAGCAUCACGUAGAGCUUGGCAUCAAACCCUUUGGGUACGACGAUGGUACGGGAAAAUAUGUGACUGUAAACAUUUCCUUAUUGGCUGCUCAAAACUCCUCACUGGCUGGUUCAGUUUGACUCCUCUAUUAAAAUGAUGGUUGGGAGGCUGGAUCCGAUAAAAGAGAUGCAUUGUCAGGUUUCAUGUUUCGGCAUCUCAUUAAGUAGCAGUAACCAUUCAGCUUCUGGAAUAGAGUUUAAGGACUGUGUACGUUGGGCUAAGUUGAUACUUAUGUAUUGAUCAUUAAAAAGACCUUUUUGGACGUUUCUUCAUAGAGAUAUAUUGUUGAAUGUGUGCAGGACAUCUUGCCUCCUGCUUAUUUGACGAAUCCAGAUGGUGAGCAAGUAAAGUUUGAUUUCUCUCCUAUCAUGUCGCCGGAAAAAAGGCAAGAAAAUACUUUUAACAGCAGCUGAUUGUCACUCGAACCUUCAUUCAAAGCACAAAUGAAAGGUUUGAGCUAUUGGUAGACGGGGAAAAAUGACGGAAACUAAAAAUAGAUAACGUAGACAGUCUUCUAUACUUAAAAUAACUUUGCCGAUUACGCGGUUUAAGCAAGGUUAUUAUUUCAGUAUAAACAGACUAUAUUUUGCCACCAAAACAAACAGAUAGGGGAAUACUGGAAUAUCAUGUAACAGUAAUCAGAUGACACAUUCUCAAAGCGAUUCGGUUAAGAGGAUAAAAGUAUGGACAAAAGCCCCAAGGGGUAAAAGAGGAUUUCUCUUCGAGUUAGGAGAAUUAUUUUUAGCGACUCCUAGCCGGGGAACUCAAUUUCUAUUUGAGUUACCGGGAGUAAAGUAUGCUGAAUUACUUCCUGGCAUGGGCAAGUUAAAAAUUGUACUUAAUCGUCCUUCAUUAAAUGAUGUUCUUUAACUUAUACUCUCUUGUGGAAUGGAGAAUAAGUCAAGUAGAGACAUGUUAAGUAGAAGAGAAAACUGAUGACUACGCAAUGUUUCGAGUCAAAAACUUGUUUCUCACUGUUAACCCUAUAAACCCUAACAUCACAAUGGAAAUUCUUAUUUGUUAACUCUGUACGUUUUCAAUAGAAGUAGUGGAAAGAAUUUGUUGAAGCAUCAAUUCGAUUUAACUUGUGUGAUCAUGUCCUCAAUUCUCAUGACCACUCUGUUUUAUAAAACAUUGAUAUUACUAGGAGAAAUUUGACGCUGAUCAUUCCAAUAGGGCUUAAAGGGUUAACCGAUGCUUCUAAUUACAGGUAUUCUACUUCUAGAUCAAUAAGAAGGCGUUGUGGUGUGGCCAGAUCUUGUAAGUUGCUUUUAGUUAGUACUAUGUAGAGACAGUUGUUUCCAUUGAAAGGCCUUUCUAAAUUUAUAAACCUUCGAAAGUUAGAAUAGGCCAAUGAAGAUAUGAAAGCAACCAGAAUGGUUCACAACAUUAUGGCGAGUGUCUUUAAAAUGCGAAGAAGUUCCGUGCUAUUCAAUUAAGUGGAUAUUAAGUUGGCAGCUGGAUCAGCUAUCUGACCAGCCGGUCGUUGAAUAGCUUAGUACUAUUCCUAAACCCAUUUAUAGUUCAUAAAGAAAAUACAAAAGAAACUAUUGUUUAAUGAGUGUUUGGAAAUCAGAUGAAAAACUGGUCAUUUUUGCAUCUCUAAUUUAUCCUUCUAAAAUCAUUUUGUUUGAGAAGUAAUAUCAAGCAUCCGACACGGUGUUUCAUUACCAGAUAAAUCACCUCGAAGUUCGUCAAACAUACUGCGCUGACGUUCGUAUUUUCAACUCUCUUCUCGGUGUUUCAUCUGGUGAUGAAACACUGGGUCUCAUACUUAAUAUAUUACUUCUAACAUUUCCUCUUUUCCUAGCAUCGAGUAUUACAGUUUUGAACCUAGCCUCUUGGCCAUCUGCGAAGGACCUGGAACUAGAUGAUUCACAGUCCCAAGCCUUACAGUUAGCGCUGACCAAGGAGUUUGCAGUCGUUCAAGGACCACCCGGCACUGGAAAGACGUACAUUGGACUGAAGGUGUUAACCUCGGAAAUACACUUGUAUUAAUAACAGUUAUAUUUUUUUACUUCCGUUUCUACAAGUUGUUAGUCGCAUAUAACGUGGGCUUUUCUAUGGACCAAAGGCAACUGUAUAAACCCAAAGCUAACCAACUAACUGUAACUUGUAGGGUGCGAAAACGCACGAAUUGUGUACUAUACGGGAUGAAAAUGGAUUCCAUAGCAAGACACUUCCUGUAUGCAGUGUAGGCACCAUCUACAUUGUAGGCGAAAAUGCAACGUAUUUUCUUGUUGUCGUAUAGUUUGUCAAACUUAAUUAAGGCUAUUUCAUGUCAUCAGGCCAAAUUAUUUGCUUCCAAAUCAGAGAAAAUACCACAAAUUGUCUUGUGUUUCUUACAGAUAGCCAAGAUUCUGCUGCACAACGCCAAGGCUUGGCAAAAAGUGUCUGGUAAAAGGCCCAUCUUUGUGGUUUGUUAUACCAACCACGCACUUGACCAGUUUUUGGAAGGAAUCCACGCUUUUCACGAGGGCGUAAUUGUUCGAGUCGGAGGGAGAAGCCAGAGUGAGACGAUGAAAGAAUGCAGUCUUUUUAAGUGGAAAUGUAAACUCGGGGUAAGGUGUAGGUUAGGGUACUGACCUUAAUAUAUGCGUUGAUUAUCGACGUUAAUUGUUGUCUAGUUACCUGCUUAUUUACUGACCAUGUUUAGUGCUUUGGAUUUAAUUCCCUGCAAUAUCAGCAAAACACAGCGUUGUUUUGCAAUAACACGCCAAAUUUAAUAUCCAUGCGGUAAAGACCUUAAGGCAUACGACACUCACUUAAACUCCUUGAUAUUGAGUUGUACAACCUUACUAAUGGUUGCUAUCGUUGAAGCUGCCUUAAGCUUUGCUUCGAAGGGACGCCCUGUGAGGCGGGAGGCUUAUAAAUACGUUGCUUGAAAAUAUAUAUUGUAUUUUGGCUAAGAAUUGAGACCCAAGCCCUCUCUGGAAUACAAAAAACAAAACAAAACAAAAAAACAAAACAAAAAAAAAAAACAAAACUAAAAUACAUACCCCGUUAAGGACCACACCUCAAUUUUUUACUCUGUUAAGCUAAGAAAGGACAAAAUGCACCCUGUCUUUUUUAAAGCUAUUGAAGUUGAGCAAAUUCAUUGCUUUAUACUUGAAAUAGAAACAAAUUUCAUCUAGAAAAUCAACUCAACAGUCAAUGAAAUCCCCUGUUUAUGCUAGGACAAACUCGGACGAAUAAAUGCAUACCCUGUUUAGAUUAGUACAGACUCGCGCGAAAUUAAUUAACCUGUCGAUAGAGACAUCCCUAUAUGAGCCAUGUAAGAAAACAACCUAUUUUCUCCUUAUGAUUAAUUAUACUCCGUUUUGAUCUUCUGUUUAGAAACGACUGCUACUAAAGGACUCAAAGAAGUACGAGGUCGAACAGGAAAUGACACAGCUCUUUAACAAAAUUUCUUCUAACAGCAGAAUGCUUGAAAAUUCAACAAGAACCCUGAUUGGUGUGACCGAGCUUGCAACAAGCGCCAUAAGCAUGACGCCAGAGCAUUAUAACUCACUUCAACGUAAUUUUUCAGCUGGCACGGGGAAGCGUAAACCUGCAAUCAUGUUGCAGUAUUGGCUAGGACUUCCAGUGGAGCCAGCUAACCCUUACGAAGAGGGUAAAACCAUUUGAUCUAUGAUAGUAUAAACGCGGCCUAAAAUGUUCUGCAACUGGUAUAGGAUUUAAUGGAGCCGAAACCAAUUGUGGAAUUGCACGCAUUUUGGGCAUCCUACUGAUGAACAGCUGGGACACGUAGAUAUAUUUUUUAGCAACUACUAUAAUUUGCAGUCUGUCGACUUUGAUUUGCAAUUACAUUUUUCCAUUAGCUGAAUUUUCAAAUUUGUCUUAUCGAAUCUUCAGACUAACAUCGUAGCUACAAUGAUCACAUUUAUCUUUUAAUUUCUUUAUUCACAGUCAAGUCCUUUUCAUUAAUUUCAUAUUCAAAAAAUGCAAGUUCAUGGGAAAGGUUAGUCAUCUAAGCUCUCCGGCUUGGCUUGAUAGGACGGGCGUUGUAAAGUCUUACACAGACAACCUCAACCGCUUAGCCUAUUCUUCCCACCCCUUGCCCAUCCUUCUGUCCUUUGUUGUUUUCUCUGCCAAGAAUACCCACUAACUGGUAGUCUAAGGGAGGUUCAGACUUUUUUACAUCAAGUCACUCAAUUGAAAAGUCACUCCACACAGAAUCUUCCGUUAACCCACGCCAUAACUGUUUUUUUAGUUUGAUCUUAUGCCGGGUUUAAAUUUUAUUAGCUUUUUUUUCUGGGUAUUUUUGGUGUAUAAUAAUAACGGAAGGUACGUUUUUUCUUGUGGUGGUGGUGGUGGUGGCGGUUGGGGGGGGGGGGGGUGUUUGGGGGGUUCUGAGGCCUCAGGGGGGGAGGGUAAUCAGCGAAAGUGAGCACCAAAAGGGGAGGGCCAUACCUCUUUGUGAGCUAUUCAAGGGGAGAAUCACACAUCUUUUCCAGAAUUUUAUAAUGAGGAUUUCCAACCUCUUCCCCAGGGCACUUUUCCCUGGCUUUGGAGGUGGUGUCGCCCCACCUCCAAGAAAGCGCCCUGGGGAUGAGGUUGGAGGAUUUCAAACUUCAGUUAUAAACGUAAAUAUCCCACACUGACUGUUUGCAUUUUCUUGUUUCAGCGCGCACACACACAUUCAAUAUUGAGAUACAUUCAUAUUCAAACAUUUGGCGUUCCCAAGUGAAAUGUUCUGAGGUUUCUAUGGCAUACCAUUUAGUACAGAGGGGAGGGUCGCACUUUUGUCAGUCACCUAAAGGUGGCAGGGGCGGGGGCAGGAACUUUUUAACUUAAACUCAGAAAAAAAAGAAGAAAAAAUUCAGCCCUCCCCCUCUCUAAGAAAAAACGCACCUUCCCUAAAUUUUCAACAUAGGAAUUAGAAUUACAUACUCUCCCAAAGUGGCUUUGGUUUGUCAUUUUCCAAAGACGAUAGCUCUAGUAUUAUAGCAUUAGAUGAAGUGGUUGCUCUACUUAUCACCUUACAUUUUCAUUCUCAGGGUUUUCCAAGCCACUUGCCAUGUUUCCCUUUAAUGCUGACUGUAGAGGACUGGAAUAUUUCUCCCAACGAGACUUAGCCUAUAUAUCUCCAUACGUCCGACCAGCAUUAGGUGCUGAUGGGAUACCAGGAGGAUCUUUGGAACUUAUCGGAAGCCAAGACUCCUUCAUAGAGAUUGGAAAUUUCGAUGGUGGCUAUGCAGACACUAGAACGUCCAUCACUAUACUAGCGUUUGUCUAUCCUUUGGGAGAUUGUGGACCAAUCAUCACCUAUGGGACAUGUGAAUAUGGCGUUCAAAUUUGGCAAGAGCCCCUACAACCAGAGUAUUCGCAAUCGGGUACAGGAACGCUGGCGGCUUGUUUUGUUACAAGAGAUUUGACAGUGGCAAUUCCCAUAAGAAAAGCCGUUUUGAACAUUAAUGCCUGGAAUUAUAUUGGUGCAUCUUACGAUUACACCACUGGAAUAGCGCGACUAUGGCACAAUGGCGAAGAAGUAGAAGCUUUACUGAUAGGCUCAGGAUUCGAGCUGGCUACACAGUUCCCGAUCAGAAUUGGCGCAUUGAACAACCCUUGGCAGGAACACUUCUUUACAGGAAGGAUCUCGCACUUACAUAUAUAUUCCGAGGCGCUGACCGUUGAAAACAUUCAAGCUGUUGGAUGCAAUUCAGAGAAAGGUCGAUUUUCUAUUUGUCGUCAUUGAUGUUUUUAAAGAACUUCGACCACUUUGUCAAUUAGCUUUUUUUUCUAAGAUCGAUAAAUGUUUUGAAUUUAACGAAAAGCGUACCUGCAUGAACAUGGGUUGCAGUUUCUUUUUACCCCUCCCGUUGGCAGUAAUCAGUUAUCCUGCGAUCAUGCCCUCCAAAAGUGAAGAUAAAUAAAUAGGUAAAUAGACGUUUGAUCACAGGCUAAUGAUCGAUCAGUGAGCUCUUUAAGGUUCUUUGUGAAAGGAAAUGUCCUUCUAUUACCAGAUUCAUUGUCCCAAUAUAUUUUUCACCAGCCUCAACGCCUUCUUCCCAAAAACCAUUCACCCUUUAUUUUAACAAGAAACUUUGAGGAUCUUCUUUUUUUCGUAGAGGAAUGCAAGCUGGACGAGAAAAUUGAAAACGUCGGAGCUGAUAAGAAGCUUGGAAAUGGCAUAGCACAGUAUAUGGAUGAAGAUGAAGAUAAUGAGAAUAUCUAUGGCAAUGGUCUUGUCGGUGACACCGAUGAAGGCGCAGUAACAGACGGGGAGUUGCAAGGUAUUAGUAACGGAGUCGGACGAGUCCCAGAUGUCAGGUUUGACGCUUUUGUCAUACAAGAUCAGAGGAUCCUUGACGAUGAUCUAGACGUCAUUCGAUUUAACGACAAGCGCUCAGAGACGGAAACAAAAAUGGAUAGUCCUGAUACGACAUGUGCAGGAUACAGUCGCGGUGGUGGCUGGCAGUUCCAGAAUCCUAGCCGAAUUAAACAGAGGAUCAAGCGGCGAAUUCAGAGAGAACUUAAUAGUGAAGACGUUAUGAGCGACGAAGAAGCUAAUCAGGUAUCGUUUUCGUCUCUUGUGGCCGCUUUGAUAGUAUGCAAUUUGGUGACAAAUGUGAAAAGUCCUUUUUGCACUUAAAUAUAAGAUAAAUUUAAAAUAUUACGAAACAAAUGCUACGCCUUGUAGAUAACCCUUUAUAACGUAAAUUGCUUUUCUCAUAAAACUUGACGAAUUACAGCCAAGAGCUAAUUAAUAGAGUAAAUUGAAACAUUUGCUGUGAAUUCUUUUAAAAUUUGCCAGUUUUGUUUUCCUUACAAAUAUGCCUAGUAUUCAGCUGGUAUUAAGUCACUUUUUGUUAUCAUCGAUACGUCACUGAAAUCCUUUACUUACUGAAUUAUUUAACAAAUUAAGAAUUUAAAAAUUUAGGUUGAGGAUACGUGGAAGUUGUCUGAAAUAGAUCGCUGGCGGCUGUAUCGCAGAUGGGUGAACGAUGCUCGUGAGAAAUGGCACUUAAACAUUUUAAAAUUACAAGAAAUGUUUGACGUCAAAGCGGCCAAGCUCAAAAGAAUAAAAGACAUAGAGGAUUUUAAGAUCCUUAGUUUCGCCGAUGUCAUUGGAAUGACCACGACAGGUAAACACUAAAACUAGACACGUUUUUAUCUCUACUAUCAAUAGCUCAAGUGAUUUGGCAACUGGCUCCAGAACUUGUGCACAUUUUUUACAUGGCAGGGCUUCAUGUCUGAAUAUAAUUAACUCUAUAUCUCAGCUCGGAGUUUCAUCAAAUCGACAUACGACAUGUUUAUUUGGUACAACAACAACAACAACAACAACAACAACAACACUUUAUUUCACCCCAUAAUAUACAAGAAAUAAAAAUUUAUAACAAUAGUACAGAGGACGAUAGGGGCGCUGGCUGCCCGAAAUAACCUAAGAGUUAAAAAUGCCAGGCAGCCAGUUAAAAGUAAAGAUGUUUUUUACAAAUCCAGUCCCUGUGUUCUUGUUUCUUUUGUCUCUUUGUGUGUGUUUAUCAAUUCAUUUGAUGGUCAUAUAUUUCUCUGAUUUUAAGUAUGUAACGUUUUGUCAUAAUAAAGGUUUUUAAAGUUGCCCAGACAAUGUACAGAUGUCUAGUAAUCUUUGAUAAAGUGCUGGUCAGGGUCUGUACCAUAAUGAUAUAAAAUGAAAAGUAUAUCCCAAUGAACAAGAGGUUAAUUUUUACCUCUCCUCCCUCCUCGGUCUCUUCCUUUCGACACCAGGCCGGGGGGGGGUAUUUCUCUUCUUACAAGGUUUCCUCAGUUGUGGCGGCCACGGUAUUACAUUGCUUCCGAGAAAAUACGCCCUUAAUGCCGGCUAUCACACAUAGUGCUGUUGCACGCUAAUGUAAAACACCACAGAAAAAACAAACCCUUCAGCCCUAUUGAAGGUUGUUUACAUGCCCCUAACCACUAAAACGUCCACAUUUGCACUGUUAGUAAUGGCAACGUCCACUUCUUCGUUUAGGUGCAGCUCGGUACCACCAGGUGUUGCAGAAUAUAAAACCAGCGAUUACAAUUGUGGAGGAAGCCGCUGAAGUGCUUGAAGCACAUAUAAUUACAUCUCUAACUCCUGGAUGCCAGCACUUGAUUUUAAUUGGUGACCAUCAACAACUUCGCCCCAGUCCCACGGUGUACGAUCUUCAGAUUGAGUACAACUUUGAUGUGUCUCUGUUUGAGAGAAUGAUCAAGAAUGAUAUACAGUUUUCAAGGCUUUGUUUACAGCACAGAAUGCGGCCCGAAAUCGCUACGAUGCUGGAUCACAUUUACGUCAACCCAAAACUACAAAACCACGAGUCUGUACUGAAGUUUGAGUCCAUCAAAGGAGUGCAGCGAAAUUUGUUUUUUGUUGAUCACAAUACACCUGAGGUGAUUUAAAAACUGUUUUUUCCUCAUGAAAAAGGGAAUUAUCUGUUUACGGUAGAAAACACCGCCAAAUGGCAUUUGAAUAGAUGGCACUAAAUGCUCAGUCAAACUUUUAUAGUUACAUCUCAUUACUGUAUAAUAGAUUAUUCCUUACAAAAGGUCUUAAACUCAGUUAGAGGUUGCCUUUGAUGAAAGGUUCUAGGCAGAAAAAAAAGCUUUAUGCUGAUGUAUACACGACGCUUAACUUACAUUUGCCUUUCAUUUUGCGCCUCAUAAAGAAUAGGAAAAGGAUGAUCUCUUUUACUACCCUUUGCUAUUCUUAGCUUCGAAAAAUCUUGAACCUUCUUCAAAAUGUUUGGGAAUACCGGUCAUUAAUUUAUUUUGAAAACGCUGAAUUAGUGCUUAAAGAUUAAGUUUCCAGUUCCAUAAUAAUUUCGUGAUGAAUGUCAUUGGAACGAGGAAUCGUUCAAUUCAGGCAAAGUAGGAAAACUGACCGGCAUACCUCUCUACCAUUUUUAUUAUUUUCAAGAAAUUUGUCGUACUGGGUCAGCAAAUAAACGCCGAUUCAAGACUAAACAAAAAGACAUGCUAUAUUAUUACUGAACAGGACUUCUUGAUUAGAACUCCUUUGACUUUAACCUUCAUCUUUAUGUCCGCAGGACUUUGUCCAUGAGGGAAAAAGUAAGAAAAACGAACACGAAGCAAAAUUUCUGGCUGCUUUGUGCCGCUACCUUAUCCAACAAGGUUAUCGGCGGGACCAGAUUACUAUUUUGGCCGCCUACAGUGGACAACUUUUCCAGCUGAAACAAGUGAUGUCAAACAUUGCAAUUUCGAAGGAUAAAAAAUUCUUUGAGGGAGUCCGCGUCACAGUAGUAGACAACUUCCAAGGCGAAGAAAAUGACAUCAUUCUUUUAUCACUUGUUCGCAGUGACAGAAUUGGCUUCCUUAAGAGCGCAAACAGGGUCUGUGUCGCGUUAUCCCGUGCUCGUAAAGGCUUUUACAUCAUAGGAAACGCCACACUGUUGGCACGGAACAGCGAUCUGUGGAAAAAAAUCUUCGCAGAUAUGAAGAGACAAGGAAACAUGGGUGGGGAGCUGAAGCUUUCCUGUCAGAACCAUCCAGAAAAUGUGAUCUUGGCAUCAACUGCUGAAGAUUUUGAAAAAGCGCCCGAAGGAGGCUGUUUAAAACCAUGCGAAAUAAAGCUGACGUGUGGUCACAUUUGUGAACAUCCCUGUCAUCCCUUAGAUCUCGAACACAUGGACCAAUUCGCUUGCCAGCAACCUUGCUCUAAAACUUUAUGCGAUCUUGGGCACAGGUGUCACAAGAUUUGCGGCCAACCGUGUGGUCCUUGCAUGGAAAAAGUGAAAAAGAUUAUCCCCGAAUGCGGACAUGAGCAACAAGUCCCCUGUUCUCAAGAUCCGUCUACAUUCAAGUGUACAAAGAUGGUGCCAAAGAGAGCCUCCGCCUGUGGCCACAUCAAUAAGGUGCCCUGUUCCAAAUCACCUGAUGACAUCGAAUGCAAAGAGCCCUGUGGUAAAUUACAGUGUGGUCACCCAUGUGUCGGUAAGAAACUGGAUCUAUGCUCAGUAUGGUUUAAGACGUAUUGA